AUGGCCGAACAUCCCACUUGGAGUAAUACCGGCUCGAUCCGGGGCCGGAGAGUUCGCGGUCUGGGCACCCAAGGAGGCACGGGAGGAUCGAGAAACUCAUCGGCAAGGACAUCUGGUAUCUAUUAUGACGGACCUUCUUACGAUUACUCAUCCCUCAGAUCCACCGCGUCGCGGUACUCCCUGAACGAACAGUUUGCAGCCACGCGCCGCGAAUUUGACUUUGAUAAUGAUGAUGCCUCAUCAAUAUUGGAACGCAGCACCCUCAUAUCACAGCCUCUUGACGAACUGGAUGUGGACGACCCGGCCGUUGUUGGUCACGAUGAAGCCUCGGCCGCCAUCCACCCGGUCGAAGUUGAGGACUACUAUGAUCUCCUGUGUGUAUCACGAGAUCCUUCGGCUGAGAGCAUCCGUCGAGCGUAUUUCCGGCUUUUCACCUUGCUGCAUCCCGACAUACAACCGGCUAACCUCCGCCAUGCGGCCGAGCGUUAUUUCGCAGCUGUCCAGACCGCCUUCGAGACACUGCUCGAUCCUUGUCGGCGGCUGAAGUAUGAUCUGGACCAUGACGGUCCGGCUAUUGAUGCUGGCAGGGACGGCGACCAUCAGUAUGACGAGUACCGCCAAUGGCACGCGCAACUCAUGAGGCAACGUCUUUUUCAAGACGUUUCUAGCCAAUCUAAUAGCGUAUGGGAAAUGGGCGCCCGAUUCGAUGCUCAACAGGUAUUCAAAAGCGCGAAUCGUGGACUUCAGAGCGGAAGCUCUGGGCUGCAACCACUGGAUUUUGAGAUGAGCCACUCGUUAUCAGUCAACCUACCGAAGUUCAAUAAUCAAAUACGCGAUGCUAUUCGGACCAUUCAAGCCUCUUUACCCACCACUUUUCCCAUCCCUCGAACGGGUCCCAACGAUAUUGGCUUCAAUGGCAAUUCUGACUCUUGUGCGUCACCUGGCACCGUCUUGACCGUCAGGUCAUCAGUCUACGGAUUUCUCCAAGACUUCGCGUCGUUGCCCUUUGCAGUGCUGCUUGACCAUUACCAGCCAAGCUUCCCUAGUGCGUUGACGAGGGACCGAUCCAUUCAAUUGAGUGAUGGACGUAUACAGCCCCUGGUCUCGGUCAUUCUACGACAUGACCUGCCGCGCCUGAAUCUGAGGUCUCCUGGUCUAUUGGAAGAGUCAGCAAUCAAGGGAAGCUCUCCAGACCAAGAUGGUGCCACCAUUGAGAUUGGGACGGAUGUCCUGCCCGAUCCAGGGGUUUCUGUAAAGUUGUCAAAGCGCUUCACCAUACCCUAUGACAAGCAUGAGAGCUUGGUGCAGAUCGGAGCCAAAUCAUCCCCAUGGAGCAAGCACCGCCCCAGGAUAUGGUCAUACCUGCAGCGUCCGACUGCGGGAGGCAUGUUGCUCUUUGGAGUCGACAGCGGUCAUUGGGUGACGCAAGCAACUGGAGAAACGUGUCGCUUCUUUUCCGACCUUUCCAGGAUUGAUCGGAAAGUACCCAGCCUCGGCCUGCCGCUGAACACACACCCGAGAAUAGAAGUAGCAUACAGGCUAGGGACAUCAUUCGAGCCGCACGAGACUCUUACGUCGGAUCGCCCUCCCGAUCGCGGUCUUCGCGGCCUCGACAUAGGAUUCGACAGCGACGAAAAGGGGUCCUGGACAGUAUCCGCGACAGCAGAGCCGAGCUACCAAUCCGCCUCCCUCAAAUAUGCCCACGAUGUCGACUUCCAUGCGUUGCUGUAUCGACAAGCUUUGGGCAAGAGUGCGGACGUCUCUGCUGCAGGGGUAAACCGCUCGGGCGGCCGACAAGUCCGCUUCGAAGCUGAAAUCUCCUCAAACUCGCUUUGGGCCGGCUACCUUGCACUCCGCUGCCUGAAGCGAGUAGGGCGGUUCUCCAAAGCCGGCUUCGAGAUAGGCAUCAGCACCUACUCGCUGCACUUGUCAGUGUACUGGUCAAGGCUAGGUCAGCGGAUCAACCUGCCCUUCCUCAUGUGCUCUCGGUCAAACUUCAACAUAGGCAUCCUCUUCUGGACUACACUAGCCCCGUUCGCCAGCUUCGCGGCAUGGGAGACAUGGCAGCGGUAUCGCCGCCAACGUCGCCGCCAGCAGCACCCAGAACCCCAAAAGGCCCAGACCGAAACACAACCCGAGGUACAGAACCGAUCCGCAGAGGCGGACAAGCUUCUCUCCCUCAUGUACUCGGGCGUGCAUAACAGACAGAAGGCAGAGUACCUAGCCAACGGCCUCGUGAUCCUGAGCGCCAAGUACGGCGUCAAGGCCCGCGAUGCCGCCACUAGCAACGGUUGGGGCGGGGAAGAGGUUGCCGACGUCACGGUGGCUGCUGCGGCGCUGAUAGACAAUGGACGCCUGUGGAUCCCGGCGGGCGUGCAUAAGAGUAAUAUCCUCGGCUUCUGGGACCCUGCGCCCGAGGAGGAGAAGGCGCUGCAUGUCAGGUACCGCUAUGGGGGCAAGGAGGCUGUGGUCGAGGUUAGGGGGGAUGGGGAGGAGUUGGUGCUGCCGCCUCUGUCUGAGGAGUAG